AGACCAAGCCCAAGGUGGCAGGGUCUUGGCAUUUUGCAGGAACAAAAAGGCCAGUGGGACGCUAGGGAGGGUUGUAAGGUGGGAGGGGAGAUCCAGGGAGGGGCAGGGCCCCACCAAAGACUUGGUCAGCAGCUGCGGGGAUUGGGAAUUUAUUAUAAGGGUAGGAGGGAAGAUGCGAGACAGUUUUAGGCAAGGCUACCCAAUCUGAUCCCAUUUCAGUUUGCUGCAGAUUCUUCUGGCUAUCAUAUGGGGAGUGGAUUUCUUUUUUUUUGAGACAGAGUCUUGCUCCGUUACCUAGGGUGGAGUGCAGUGGCACAAUGUUGUUCACUGCAGCUGCGACUGCUUAGGCUCAAGUGAUCUCCCACCUCAGCCUCUGAAAUAGCUGGGACUACAGGCAUGCGCCACCACCCCCAGCUAAUUUUUGUAUUUUGAGGGGGCAUAAAUGGAGGUCUCAACCUGUUGCCCAGACUGGUCUCGAACUCCUCAGCUCAAGCAGUCCCCCUGCCUCGGCCUCCCAAAGUGCUUGGAUUACAGGUGAGAGGCACUGUGUCUGUCCUUGGAGUGGAUUUUGUAGGGGCAAGUGAGGAGCAUACAGACGGAGGGUGGGGUGGUUGUACUAUUCAGGUAAGAAAAGAGGGUAGGGGAGGAAAAAGUGGAAACCACGCAGGGCUGAUGGGGUGUGGGGCAGGGGCUGUCAGCUGGGGUAGGCAAGUAGCCUCAGAAUCCCUCUAGACCUCUGCUUGUGAAUAAAUCCUCCCCAGCUUCUCCUGUCUUCCCGGGGAGCAAGGUCUCCCCUGGGUUCACACGCUGGACCCCACCAGGUCAGCUGGGCCCUCGGCUGAGACAGGGAGAAGGUGACAGCUGGCUGGGGGAACCCUGCAAAUCAGCCCUACGUGAGCAGGUGUUCAUUGCCCAUGCCAAGACCAGGAACAGCUUGAGGGCCUCAGAGAGAGUGCUGGUGGGACAGACACACAGAGGCCCUUUGUUGCAGCCAGGGCAGCUUCCUGGAGGGAUGCCUCAGAGGCUGACUGCUCCCUGAAGGGGCUGGAGUAGGGGCAUCCCAUCACAGAACUGGUGGCCCCAGCACCAGGAAGAACCACCGUGUGCCAGGGUUGAAUGUGGCUUCCGAAGCCCGAACUAUAAGGAAGCAGCCAGAGAGGUGGGGCACCUGGGCGAGCCUCUGCCCAGGCCAUGUUUGCAGUAAGUCAUGGCAAAUCAUGAAUUGAGAGGUGGUUCUCAAAACAGCCCUAGUGACCACUUCCCUGACCACCACCCCCACCCACCAAAUGCCAGUGACUGCACAGAUGGGCCCUCUUUCUCCUACCCCAAGUCUCCUCACUGCAGGGGAACCCCUGGGGUGAGCCUGUGAGGUCUGCCCCUCCCCCAGCAUGUAUAGAAAAGCUCACAAUAAUUACGCAUUUAACACACAUUUCCUCCUUUAUGAGUUGGGGACAUUAAGAGACCUUUCCUCCAGCAUUAGGAUUAAGUCAGACAGAGCACUUAAAGCUGUAAGCACCGAGUCCUCGGUUCUGCACAGAAAUCCUCAGGCCAGUUCAAAGACAGAGUUGCUGGGCGCACCCUGGCAGGGCAAUUACCUCACAGUGUAGGGGAAUCCAGAGAGGUGGGCAGGACAGGCAGUGCUUUGAUUAGCCCUGCCUUCUCCUCCCUCCUCCUGUGUCCAGAGGCAGGCAGGAGGGCCCCAGGCAGCAGUCCCGCCUACCCUCCGCCCCUUCUUCAGUCUUGCACGCCUCCAGGGCUGGAAAGCUCAUUCUUCUUCUUCCUCCCAGCAGCUCUGCCUGGAAGUCCCCCUAUCGCUGUGCUCCUGCCCCCAGAUCGUGGGCUUAGGGGACAGCAAGAAAGCUGCGAAGGACUCAGCUGGGGCGGCCCCACAAGGACCCCACAGGCUUGAGGCGUUGCCAGGAUUCUAUCCCAGGCGGUUUUCUGGGUCCCCCAGAGCCCUCUCAAGCACAGGGAGGCAGAAGGGUCCUCGCCCAUUUCAGGAAUCUGCAGCCUGGAGGCCACAGCCAUGGCAGGACCCCGAUACCCAGUUUCAGUGCAAGGGGCAGCCCUGGUGCAGAUCAAGAGGCUCCAAACGUUUGCCUUCUCCGUGCGCUGGUCAGAUGGCAGCGACACCUUCGUGCGCAGGAGUUGGGAUGAAUUCAGGCGGCUCAAGAAGACCCUCAAGGAGACUUUCCCGGUGGAGGCAGGCCUGCUGCGGAGAUCUGACCGCGUUCUCCCAAAGCUUCUCGGUCAGGCCAGCCUGGAUGCACCACUGUUGGCACGCGUGGGGCGCACGAGCCGCGGCCUGGCGCGCCUGCAGCUGCUGGAAACCUAUUCUCGGAGGCUGCUGGCGACCGCAGAGCGCGUGGCACGGAGCCCAGCGAUCACUGGCUUCUUCGCACCACAACCCCUGGACCUGGAGCCCGCGCUGCCACCCGGCAGCCGGGUGAUCCUGCCCACCCCAGAGGAGCCGCCUCUCUCUCGCGCUGCGGGCCGCCUCUCCAUCCACAGUCUGGAGGCUCAGAGCCUGCGCUGCCUGCAGCCCUUCUGUACCCAGGACACGCGGGAUCGGCCUUUUCAGGCGCGGGCCCAGGAGAGCCUGGACGUGCUGCUGCGGCAUCCGUCAGGCUGGUGGCUGGUGGAGAACGAAGACCAGCAGACGGCCUGGUUUCCAGCGCCCUACCUGGAGGAGGUGGCCCCGGGCCAGGGCCGGGAGGGAGGCCCGUCCCUAGGGAGCAGCGGUCCCCAGUUCUGUGCUUCCCGCGCCUACGAGAGCAGCCGCGCAGAUGAGCUGUCCGUGCCCGCGGGGGCGCGCGUGCGCGUGUUGGAAACGUCAGACCGCGGCUGGUGGCUGUGCAGGUACGGCGACCGGGCGGGCCUACUCCCCGCGGUGCUGCUGCGGCCGGAAGGGCUGGGCGCGCUCCUGAGCAGGACGGGGUUCCGCGGAGACAACCCUGCGGGUGAGGCCUGGGGCUUCCCAGAACCCUCCCAGGCCACCGCCCCUCCCCCCACCGUGCCCACCCGACCUUCGCCGGGCGCCAUCCAGAGCCGCUGCUGCACCGUCACACGCAGGGCCCUGGAGCGGCGCCCACGGCGCCAGAGCCCCUCUCGAGGAUGCGUGGACCCUGUGCCGCACCCCACGACGGAGCAGUGAGCGCGAGGAUCCCGAUGAGGGGAUGGACCGCGCCAUCCCAGGGCUGGGGAGGAGCGGGGAGGGCGGAUCUCCCUGGCCAGCAGGGAUGGGAGGGGGCCAUUUGCUGUUCCUCUCAGUAAAGCUUGUUCUGAAUGA